AUGUCCUCCUCACAUCACAGCCCUUACCCGGACCCAAGCUCAGUUAGAGCUAGUGCCAAAGCCAUUGCGCAGAUCCUUGGAAGUGAACAAAGCUAUGCAAUAGUUGGUGGUGCUGCUUGUCUGCUACUUGGGUCGGUACGUGUUACCUCUGAUCUCGACUUUGUGGUUCCUAAGGGGGAGACGAAGAUGACCAGAGCCCUCCUGAAAGAUUACCCUGACAUCUUCUCCAUUGACAAAAGAACCCUGCACACCAAUUACCUAAGCGAACCUCCCGUUGAGAUUGAGAUCCUCGCACCACCUAAACUAUUCCAGGAGGAAUUUUCAUCUUCGACCUCGGUUGUUAAGGUCGAGGGUGUUCGUGUUCUCAAACCUACACUUAUCCUCAAUGCCAAAUGUGCUUCUAUACUCAGUCGCGCAAAUUCGACUAAGAAGGACACGGAUGCCUAUGAUAUUCGAUUUCUCUUGCAGUGGUGUGCAGCCAGCGGUGUUUUUCCUACGUCUCAAGAUGUUCCCAAUGCUUCUUUACAGUUUGUUCAAUGGUUUAUCCACGAGUUCGGCCGCCAAGAGUUAUGGAUAGAGGCCGGAUUCGAUUUGAAGACAGCAAGUACUCGGCCCUUUCUUACUGCUGGGCCCAGCCAGUCUGCGGCGCAGUUUAAGGACUGCACUCUCCUAAGAAUCGUCUGGGUCGAUGCCCUCUGUAUCAGUCAAAAUGACCUCGCCGAACGUAGUCAGCAAGUCCAGCUGAUGGGUGAUAUUUACAAGCAGGUAGUAGAAACCAUUAUUUGGUUGGGUGAUGUCUUCCCAUGUGGACCAGCUCGGCCUGAAUUUGAUUCCAUUUGCGAGGUCGUAAAGGCGUGGAGCAAAUCGCUAAGGCCGUCGUACGAGGCACGCAACGCGAAAGGCAAGCUCUGCCGCUACGAGCCAGGCAUAUCAAAAGGCCGAUCGGGCUGGAGCAACGUAGCUUUUGAUGCCAAUUUCGUUGCGACAGUUUUCGGAUGUCCUUGGUUUGAGCGUCGUUGGGUUAUUCAAGAGGUGGCGCUGGCCAGCUCUGCCGUGGCCAAGGUUCCGGGGGCGACGAUGCAGUGGAAAUGGAUCGGCCUCGCUGCAGGCAUUAUCAGGACUAACCACGACUGGCUGAUCAACUCAUACCGGAUGCCUAAUCUCUACAACGCUUAUCUGAUCUCGCGCUUGUCGACUCACGGGCCACUCACGCCGCUAAACCUCAGUCUUCUAAUUCUGCUUCGACUCACCACAGGGUUUAAGACGGCCGAGAGCCACAUGGCGCAGUCUCGUCCCCUCCCCUUUCUCUCCGACGCAGUGAUUUCGAUGCUUGAUCCAUGGUCGCUCAAUGAUGAUACCGAAGCAUUCAACCCGGCGAAGGGACUCUCGUUCAAGCGGUUUCAAUCUGCGAACCCCGACCAUCUGAAGGUUAAAUGGGUUCAGCUCUCACAGGUGGCUUGGCAGAGUGCCAGAUUUGGAUUUUACGAGGACUCUAAUUCCAUUAUAGCAGACUUGAUCCAAAUUCUUGCACGUUGCCACAAGGGCUGGGAUGUCUGGAACGCCUCUAUCAUUCCAGCGGUCGCUCGUACCUUGUGCGGUGAGAGAGAUGGAUAUGGAGGCCGCGCCGAGGAUCUGGACCAUUUAGCCACGGAGUUCUCCAACUUCAUCAAGGCCUGGUUGCCAUGCUACCCAAAUAUUUUUCCUGGACUGGUUCAGAAGAUGAAAUCGGAAAGGGUCUCGUCCGGAGGUUAUCAAGUGACAUGGCUGGACACCGUGGAACCUGUGUGCCUCGGUCGAUGUCUGUUCUAUACAACAAGUGGCCAUAUUGGCCUUGGUCCUGGAAAUAUGGCUCGCGACGACGUUAUCUGCAUCCUUGGCGGUGCCAUUAUGCCUAUAGUUGUGAGACCGCUUGGGGAUCACUUUGGAAUUGUCGGCGAUUGCUACUUGAACGGUGUUAUGGAUGGACAGGCUGUUGUUGAAAUGACACAAGGGAAAGCCCUCCACGGCCCAAUCCCUAAGAAGAAGGUUCGCAUGUUACUUAACGCUGAGGUCCUGCCGCACUACGUGAAAGCUGGCUACGACCAUUUCUCAUCAAGUCUUGAUGAGCCUUUUGAUUUCAUCGAAGUGGCUCGCCGACAUGCCCCGCUGCCUCAGAACUUUGGUGGACAUAUUCUCAACUUCAUCAUGGUGAUGUACAACCAUGCGGGUCAAUAUCGUAGGAGGUUGAAGGACUUCUUCGUAAGGCUGAGUGUUCCCCUAGGCUCUUGCAUUAUGCUUGCUGCUACAAGAGACAACAUUCAAGGAUCUUACUCGUAUCUGCUACGGAACACCUAUAGCAACUCUCUUAUUAUGCUCUUGAACAGUUCUGCAAUCAAUGGCUUCGGCGCUCGACACCAGGCCGCCUCUGAUAGGAUCAUUGCUCGCGGUCCUUACGAGUCGAACUUUAUUCUGGACGAGUUCUUUCCUGAUUGGAUCAACAAAAUCGAUGAGAAUAUUAAAAGUCUCGACACUCGUUUGCUGCAAUAUGAUCAAGUCGAGAACGUUAUACCGCGGGUCCUCGUCGAAGUCAUGGCCAAGUUCAAUGUCACCGCCGAUAGUUCCACGUCCAACUUGAGAAGCAACUUGACGUGUCUUUGCUGCAUAAGAAGGAUUCUAGAGAGUGUCCUUCCGUUUGGACACAUCCUCUGCAAAGCCUGCAUUCAGGCUCAUGGUAAGGGAAACGCCAUGCUUGCAACCUGCCAAGGUUGUAAGCAGGCAUUGACCUCCAGAUUUUCCAAGGCGUUCGCUGCAGUCAGUAUCAGGAGCCAGUACAAGACAAAGCCCUUGGAGAGAGGUCUGAGGUCUGCGUUUGACCAGCACUCGUAUUUGUACGGAGGGUCAAAGAUCGACCACUCAACAUCUAUGCGAGUUGCUGUCACGUCAACAAUAGCGAGCGAGAAUAGACCAGCGGUCAUUUCCAACUACAAUGCCGAGAACGAGCAUGAUUCUUCGAAGCGCAUCUCUUCUCAGAGAUCGCCAGAAGUUGCCAAAUCUAGACAAUUACCCCAACAAUGGGCUUCCUCUAGCUUUAGCUCUAUGUGGCAGACACCUAGCCGCAUGAUUAACGACCAAACAAGAAGUGAGGAUAUCUGGGAAAGCCGCAACAUGCGCAUCAAUAUCGAGUGGCACGACAAGAGGCCUGGUCUUAAUGCUAUUGAACAAAUGGAAGAUAUCGAGAGGCAUGCUAUGCACCGUAUGAGCCACAAUUGUGACAUUAAGAUCGCUGCGCACAAGCUUGUAGCGAGCUGUUUCUAUUUGGAGAAAGCCAGUGUUGAUUGUCAGAGCAGAGAAGGUGGUGUUUACAAAUGCUCCGGAAAUAUUUUCUGCCGGUUUGAUGAAGGUUGUCGAGACCUGAAGGGUCUUGAGUCGAUCCUGAAAGACCACAUACGCGGGAGUGUAUUUGUCCCCUUCUUCGUCCUGGAAGAAGACCACGGGAUAUCCUUCCAGAGGCAACACAAUGUGGUCAUACCGAUCCAAACUAUUCAGCAAAUGCGCAGCUCGGGCACAUUCCGACUCCCAUCUCACCUCAUCAUUGAUGGACGGCAUGAGUCAAGUCUGACGCGUCUGUCUUUGUGCCUCGAACCAGAAGGAUAUAUCUUGUCUGAAAUUCCAAGUUCGUUUCACAGGUCCAGAAACUCCUCCUUCUCCAUCAGCGGGUUCCCAAGAGAGCUAUUUACGCAGGACAAUCCACUAUCGCCUCGUAUUCUCGAUGAUGAAGCUAGAGAUGGUAAGGAACCCUGUGAGUUAGAGGCCAAUAACAACUCAUCUCUGGGAACGGAAGUACAGAAAGAAUCGGCACGCAAGAGAUCGGUACGUCGAGCACUGUUUGGGAAUGCAGCUUUGUCAGACUCAAUCAGCCAGCUUUCACUUCAAGUCGGCUAA